AUGAGGCAGGUCCUGGUGGUCCUGCUGCUUCUGCCUGCAGCAGUCCUGGCAGCAGCAGACAGCCCUUAUUUAAUGAUCCAGCCUGAACAUCUCUCUGCCUUCCUGGGAGGCUCCGUUGAAAUCCCCUUCAGGUUCUCCCAUGCCUGGGAGUUGGCCCCGGAUCCCCAGGUGAAGCUGUCAUGGAGAUGGAAGUCAUUCUAUGGGGAGUUUAUCUACAACAGCACCCCACCUUUCAUCCAUAAGCAAUUCAAGGACCGGCUGGUCCUGAUCAUCGCAGAGGAUGGGGUCUCGGGCUCCCUGUCUAUAUCAAACUUGCACAAGCGGGACGGGACCACGUACUUCUGCCGCGUCCAUCUGAAGACAAAGCAACAUGGCGAGAAGCAGUGGCAGUCCAUCAUAGGGACCAAACUCACCAUCACUAAAGCUAUCAAGCCCACCACCCAGACGAAGACCACCACCGAGAGAAGCACCAGCGUCACCUCAGAAGUUACCUCAACCAGCUUCACAGUCGCACAGUCGCAGCCCCUGGGUCUGGGAGCUGUGGUUGGGAUGGCAGUGGCCAUCACUAUGCUCAUAAUCGGGGUGCUAGGACUACUGGCCUUGCUCAGGUGCAGAAGGAAAGAGAAGAGUUGGCCCACCCUGGGAAAGGCCGGCCAGGCACAGCCCAAACCCCAGCAGGGUGAGUAUGUGGCCCCCAAGGAGACAGAUGGGUGA